UAUAAGUAUACAUACAUAUGUAUACAUAGCUGUAUAUAGCAUGUCAGGUUAUAUGAGAUAAAGAGUGGAACUUGAGAAUACUGACAAUACUCUUUGUAUAUUUUUGACCAAUUCUAGUCCUAAUCAGUCCUAACUGUAACUGAUGUGCAGAAAUGGGUUUAUCACUUCCAAAACCUUUUUAUUUUUACUCAACCGGUAUAACCCUUGUCGGUAGUGGCUAUUUACUCAGAGAUUACAUUGGUGGACCAAACUAUGAAAACGAUGAGAAGUUAAAUGAAAAAGUAGCUAUAGUAACAGGAUCAAAUACUGGUAUUGGUAAACAAGUAGUACAUGAAUUAGCAAAACGUGGUGCUAAGGUCAUUAUGGCAUGCAGAGACAUGGAAAAAUGUGAAACAGCACGUUGUGAUAUAGUAUUAACAACUGGGAAUAAAUAUGUUUAUUGUAGAAAAUGUGAUUUAGCAUCUCAAGAGAGUAUCCGACAGUUUGUAACACAAUUCCAAAAAGAGCAUUCAAAAUUGCACAUUCUCAUAAACAAUGCAGGAGUAAUGAGAUGUCCAAAGAGCUAUACUAACGAAGGAAUUGAAAUGCAACUUGGUGUAAAUCAUAUGGGUCACUUUUUACUAACAAAUUUGUUAUUAGAUGUUUUGAAGGAUUCCACACCAGCAAGAAUUAUAAAUGUAUCAAGUGCUGCUCAUUUACGUGGUACAAUGAAGUUAAAAGACUUGAACAGUGACGUAAAGUAUGAUCCUGCUGGAACUGGCAUUACAGUAAAUGCAGUUCAUCCAGGUGUAGUACACACUGAGAUAGUCCGACAUAUGGGAUUUAACAACAGUUAUAUUUCGAGACUGAUUGUGAAAUCGUUGCUGUGGUUGUUUGUUAAGUCUUCCAUGAAAGGAGCACAACCUGUUUUGUAUGUUGCAUUAGAUCCAUCUUUGCAAGAUGUAACUGGAGCAUACUUUAGCAAUUUUAGAAUGGCAGAUAUUUCGGAGGAAGCAAAGAAUGAUCAAAUUGCUAAAUGGUUGUGGGUAGUUAGUGAAAAAUGGACUAAAUUAAGUUUUGUAUAAUUUAAUGUAAAUCUAAUAAAGUCUAAUCUAA